AUACAUAAACAACACUUCAAACUUUGGCCACACUAAAAAGUGAAUCAGAAUGAAAUUAACGAAAUAAUUUGCCCAAAACGGUACAAAAGAUAUUAAUUAUAGCAAUUUCGACUCUGAAUAUCGGGCCCAAACUCUCUCCGCUUGUGUAAGGUGCCCGCUAAAGACCUGCAGCCAUUGUGUGUGCCCCGGGGAAGCAAGUGUAAAGUGGACAACUCCCUAAUUUUGAGAUCGUCGCAUCAGUAGCAUCACAUCACAGACAUGUCCUCGCUCUCCGCGUCCGCGGAAAACGUAUCCACGCUCGGGAUUGGCGGUGGCCACGACUCCAACUCACAUCUCGGUUCGGAUGGGGGCUCCAGCAUGUGCCUGGAGCUAGCCUUGGAGGGGGAGCGCCUCUGCAAGGCGGGUGACUGUCGGGCAGGCGUGGCCUUCUUUCAGGCCGCCAUUCAGGCGGGCACCGAGGAUCUUCGCACCUUAUCAGCCAUCUACUCGCAGCUAGGCAACGCCUACUUCUACCUGGGCGACUACUCCAAGGCCAUGCAGUACCACAAGCACGACCUGACGCUGGCCAAAUCCAUGAACGACAAACUGGGCGAGGCCAAGUCGUCCGGGAAUCUCGGCAACACCCUGAAGGUGAUGGGCCGCUUCGACGAGGCGGCAAUAUGUUGUGAGCGACACCUGACCCUCGCCCGUCAGCUGGGCGACCGCCUCUCCGAGGGAAGAGCCCUCUACAAUCUCGGCAACGUCUACCACGCCAAGGGCAAGCACAUGGGACAGCGGAAUCCUGGAAAGUUCGGCGAGGAUGUGAAGGAGGCCCUGGCCAAGGCCGUGGAGUUCUACCAGGAGAACCUCAAGCUAAUGCGCGAUCUGGGAGAUCGCGGUGCCCAGGGCAGGGCGUGCGGGAAUUUGGGGAACACGUACUACCUCCUCGGCGAUUUUCAGGCGGCCAUCGAGCAUCACCAGGAGCGGCUGCGCAUCGCCAGAGAGUUUGGCGAUCGGGCAGCCGAGCGCAGGGCCAACAGCAACCUGGGCAACUCUCACAUCUUCCUGGGGCAAUUCGAGGACGCCGCCGAGCACUAUCGUCGCACCCUGGCCCUGGCCGUAGAGCUGGGCGAACGCGAGGUGGAGGCCCAGUCAUGCUACAGUCUCGGGAACACCUACACCCUGCUCCACGAAUUCAACACAGCCGUGGAGUUCCACAAUCGACAUUUGGCCAUUGCCCAGGAGCUGGGCGAUCGCAUUGGCGAGGCCCGCGCCUGCUGGUCCCUGGGCAAUGCCCACUCUGCCAUGGGCAACAAUGAGCGAUCGCUGCAGUAUGCCGAAUCGCAUCUACAGUUGGCCAAAGAGCUGCACGACCCCGUGGGCGAGAGCACGGCUCGUGUAAACAUCUCAGAUUUGCGCAAGCUUCUGGGCCUCCCAGAAACCGAGCGAAGUCCCACAGAGGAUGAGCGUUCGAGUGCCUCGGAUCACUCACAUCAGUCGGACGGAUCAGAGAACUCGCAGGGGCGAAUGAUACGCGUGCGUCGCCAGAGCAUGGAGCAAUUGGAUCUGAUUAAAAUCACGCCGGAUGGCAAGCGCUUGCACGAGGAGAAGCAGAGGGCAGCGUCUGCUGCCAACAAGAAUACAAAGGCCAAAGACGAUGACUUCUUCGAGAUGUUAUCGCGAUCACAGUCAAAGCGCAUGGACGACCAGCGCUGCUCAAUCAAGAUCAAUCUAAAUGGUCCGCCUGUGGCUGGAGCUGCCACAGGAGGAGCCACGCGAAAGCCGCUGGUGCAGCAGAAUUCUCUGUUUGUGGACCCCACGAAUCUGCCUGGCCUGAAGUCGCCAUCAUCGGGCAAUGCAAGUGCCAUGGCCCAUCCGCCGCUGACCAGGAGCGCCACCACCGCGGCGCAGCCGGAUGAGGCUUUCCUCGACAUGCUGAUGCGUUGCCAGGGCUCAAGGCUGGAGGAGCAGCGCUCGGAAUUGCCGCGUCCAAAUGUGACAAUGGAUGCGGAGGCACCACAGCCGCAGGCCCCCGAGGCCGGUGGACAGGCCGGACGUGGGGCCACGGUGCCCGAUGAGGACUUCUUCUCGCUGAUCAUGAAGGUGCAGAGCGGACGCAUGGAGGAUCAGCGGGCAUCGAUACCGUUCGGCGGCUUCCGGAAUGCGAACAACAACCAAAACAACAAUCGGAACAACAAUGGAGCAGCCGGCGGAGCUGCCAAGUAGGCAUCCCAGGCGCAGUAAAUGAAGUUGAGAUGAUGUCCAGAAAAGUCCAAAAUCCAAAAACUCAAUCCUAUCAGUCCAUCCCUGGCAGCAGCAGCUCCUUCUGAUUCCGGAUUUCUGAUUCCUGAUUCAUUUGUUAUACGUACAUUUUACAUUUUACGGCCAAAUUUCUGCGUCAUUAUUGUGGGGCACUGGGCCGCUAACCCUUUUGUUCUUUUAUAAGAUUUAUACACAAAAAAAACAAACAAACCAUUUAUUUAUGAUGAAUAGCAACUAACAAAAGUAACCAAAUAUUAGAGUGAAAAAUCGAGAGAAAACUUCCGGGCAAUGCCCCACCCAUCCAUCAAUCAUUCGACCACUCAUUCAUCCCAAAGUUUAGCGAUGAUAUUGCACACAAUACGUUACAAUACAAUACACGAGUUUUACGAUAGUAAAAAUGUUUGAAUUGCAUGCAAAAACAAAGAAAAAAACACUAUAUAGCUUAAGCCGCGCAACAGUAAAAAGUAUUCCCGAUUUGCUCAAUAUUGUUGAUGGAAACCGAAGUCUUCUUGGGUAGAACAUUACACUUUCUAACAUUCACAGUCUAACUCUUAAGUUUUACUCUUAAUCAAACCGAUCUACACAAAUAAGCAAUGCAUUUUUCUAAAAGAGAAAACCACACACUAAUCAAAAGAACUUUCCAAUUGUAACCCUAUGAGUAUUGCAUUUUUCUAUCCGAGAGGAGAGCUCUUACAAUUUUUUUAGAAUAUUAAUUAACAAAAAAAAAAACAAAGAGAGAGAAUAAGAGCUGUUCAGGUUUCUCUUUAUGGCCUGGCGCUUGUGGUUUAGCAUAAAGCUACGAUAUUGAUAUAUAAUAUACACAUACUACACACAUAUACGACAUACAUAUGAAGAACAGAUUAAAUAUACCUAUAGUUACUCACACACACAAUUAUACAAAUGCGAAAUGCAAAACAAAACUGAGUUCGAAUUGCACGAGAAAUGAAGCCAAAAUUGAAUUGAAUAUGGAUUAAAGUUGUACGAAAGAUAGACGUACGUUUCAUGAAGCUAAUCACCGUAAUGAUAACGAUCAUCGAUCAUUAUACGAUUAUACAAAUACGAGUACGCGCAAUGUGUAUUAUUAAACAUUAAAAAUCAAAACUUGUUUGCUG